UGUCUUUUUAAAUGGAAAACCAAAACCAAAAAUGAAUGAGAUUGCAGUACUACCAGACGAGGGAUCUUUUGAGAUAUUCUGCUGGGGUACAGCAUUUCCUGCCCCGAGAGUAAAAUUCUUCUUCACACCGUGCCCAUCCCUUGAGUGGCAUAAUUGCAACAAUCCGCCAGUACAAUUGGAUGAGGUAAUCUCCACCAGCAGUACGAUCACCUUCAACGAAAGUCUACCAGUGAGCUUCGCAUCACACAUCACAGCAGGAAUAGUGCAGUGCCAGGCGUCCAAUGCCGACGGUACCGCCAUCGCUCACUCCAAGAUAUUCAAGCACCAACAGCGCAAGAUGAUGAGCCUGCAAAUCCUACACCCGCCUGACACGAUCUAUCAGGGCGACUCCAUCAUCGUUCAAUGUUCCGCCGAUCGGCACAUCUUCACCAACAGCUUCACUUUUCGCACGGAAGACGAACAGCGCUCUAUUGCCGUACAUGACGUACCAGACGCAGAACAUUCCUUCAAUUGGGUUGCAAAUUUUACGAUAAGCAACGUCACGAUAACCGGCGACUAUGGGGUAGAAUGUGAAGCGAUGCAUCACAAUGGAACGUUGUCGAGCCAGCGCUUAUCGCUGAAGAUCGUACGACCCUACCUUACCGUUCGGGAACGGUUGAUACGCGUGGUUGCUAGACGUGAUCCAGAGCCGUUGCUGCUGAGCUGCAAUGCCGCAGGGCGUCCAAUGCCACAGUACCGGUGGUACAGGAAUGGGGAACUGCUGCCCAACACAAACUUUAUGCUGGUGGUAACCUCUUCAGUGCAGGAUGAGUACGCUUGCUACACGUGGAACAGGGCGGGCGAGGAGUGGAUUAGAUGGGAUAUCGUGCACCGGGAAGAAGCGGACGAACACGUGCUUUAUCAAAGCAUUGUAGCGGGUGUACUUUUUAUCAUAGCUGUUCUUGGAUGCGUUAUGUGUUAUAUAAAAAUUAGACAGCUUUAUAUGCUUCUUCGUAUUUACAGAGCUGCAAAAAAUCGGCAAUCCUCAUUGUAAGCCAAUAAUUGAUGU